GCUGCCUCUGAUGUUACCCCCCUCAGUUGAAAUUCGCAAUUCCUCAGUAUCUGGGAGGGGGAUAUGGGCGAAGGAGAAAAAAGAAGCAGGCUCUAUUUUGAUAUCUGUUAAACCGCAUAUAUCGGUGCUUUCGAAUCAGUCCUUGCAUACCCACUGUUCAUCGUGUUGUGGUCCUGCUCCGCCGUCAGGCUUGAAAAGAUGCGUUAGGUGCCGUAUGGUGUGGUAUUGUGACGUCAACUGCUCAAGUAAUGAUUGGACCUUGCACAAACUCGAGUGUUCUGCAUUGAAAAAAUGGUCUAGUUCAGCACCUUCCCCUGACGUCGCGAUCCCUAGCGAUGCUGUCCGGUGCCUAGGUCGGAUAUUAUGGAAAAGACGAGCAGAAGGUCCUGAAAGCAUAUGGGCGAAGGAAAUUGACAGCAUGCAGUCACAUAGAGGAUCAUUGCAGCCGUCUGCCUUCGAAAGUCAUACGCACCUUGCGCAUUUUUUAGUUCGUUUUCUUGAUCUCUCCUCUCCCGCGGAGUUAUCUGAGUAUGGCCUGUCAACCGCGGGAGACCUCGUGGAUAUUAUAUCCAAGUUCAUCACCAAUACUUUUACACUUACGUCCUCGUCCUUGAGCGCCCUGGGCGUAUCUGUGUCUCCACUUGUCGCUCUCAUCAAUCAUUCAUGCGAUCCCAAUGCCGUUAUUGUUUAUCCUCGAUGCUCCAACGAACCUUCGACGGAAGAACCGCUCAUGCAGGUUGUUGCUAUCCGAGACAUCGAGGUUGAUGAAGAGAUUUUGACAGCUUAUAUUGAUACUACGCUCCCGCGGUUCUCCAGACAGAAGUUUCUAAAAGAGACCUAUAAUUUUGAUUGCCAAUGCCCCAGUUGUACAAAAUAUUCCGGCGUGGACCCUCGAGAGUCUAUGUGGUGUCCGAAAUCAUGCGGAGGCAAAUGUGCAGUACCUACGGAAGAAAACAGCCUCACUCGAUGUGAAAAAUGUCAGACCCCUGUAACGUCACCGGAUGCUGUUCUUGAUGUACUCCGUGUAGGACAAGAGGCACUUGACAAAGCAGUAGCACUCCGAUCUAGAGACUUUAACAAGGCCAAGCAGCUGACGACCAACAUGAUUCCAAUUCUAACAUCCGCGGGCUUGACACCUGCCUGUCACCCGCUAUUGGCUCUGAACGAGCUUCAUCAAUCCCUCUUAGUGUCUGCCUUCUCCUCCAAUCUCACUCAAAGUGUCCUUGAUGAUAGUGUUAGAGCAGCUGCGAAGUAUUCAGCAGGGUUGUCAUAUGUUCUCCGCGAAGGGCACCCCGUUCGUGGAGUAGCUCUCGCCGAUUUGGGCAAGUUGUUGGCUGUCGAUGAACCUGAGCCUUCCACCUCAAAUUCUUCCGGCAGAGACGCCGUAUUCCCACCAUCAGGUCCCCGUCGCCUGAAGUUAGCGCUGGAGACCCUAAAACAAGCGAGGACGGAGUUAUACAUAGGUUUUGGUCGUAAAAAUGAGGGCGGUGAAGUUGGGAAAUCUAUCAGAGAGACUGUUGUUUCUCUUGAAAGGGAAUUGGGAGUAUGGAGUCAAGGUGUACGUAAUGUCCUCGAGGAUAUGCCAAAACCUCUGAAGAGUUAAGCUUGAACGUGUUGAUUUUUGUAUGGACCGCCCUAUGUCCAACUUUAGGACAAAGAGAGCUGGGCUCUCGUUGAGACUGAUCUGUACCUCUCUUUCUACAGUUGCAGUAGUUCAUUCAAACAAAUGAGCUCACUAGUGAAGACAUAACACCACGACAUGGUCAUGAUCAUGAUGUCACCAGGCGCUCGACACGGCUGUUCUGUUUCCAGGCACGAUUGAAUAAUUAAAUUCAGCUAGUCAUUGGUAUAACCCCUCUGUGCAUUUCCCAGAUCGAACAGACCCACAGAUAGAACAUUUUUCGAUUACUCCACCGUUCUGCUCAUGGUUCUGGCAAGACCAAAACUCAUGUUCAGUUUCUUCCCACAAAGUGACAUGUCCAGAGCGGAUCGCUCCCCUGUCAAUCACGGACUUAUUAAUCACGUAUUAGAAGUAGUGUUGUUCAGUCCGAUGAAAAUCAACAUCUCUGGCAGCGGUGUUUACAUUC